AUGGAUAACUUUACUUUGAAGACGGAUAGCUUUACUUACGGUCUUGACAAUUUUUCCGAGGUUGAUGGGAAUUCCACGGGGACGAGUCAGUAUUCCCUGGCAAGCGUCAUUGGGCUCGCGGGGCUUGUAAGCUUUCUCAUUUUGUUUACAAUAGUCGGAAACGUACUGGUUGUUAUUGCAGUUUUGACAAGCAGAGCGCUCAAACCACCGCAAAAUCUUUUCCUCGUCUCUCUGGCCAGCGCGGACAUUCUCGUGGCCACUUUAAUCAUGCCCUUCUCUUUAGCCAAUGAGCUCAUGGGCUAUUGGUUCUUCGGGAAAGUUUGGUGUGACAUCUAUCUGGCUUUAGAUGUUCUCUUCUGCACCUCAUCCAUUGUGCACUUAUGUGCUAUAAGUCUGGACAGAUACUGGUCAGUGACACAGGCUGUUGAAUACAACCUGAAGAGGACCCCACGGAGGGUAAAGGGCAUGAUUGUGAUUGUCUGGCUGAUCUCAGCUGUCAUUUCUUUCCCCCCACUCAUUUCCAUGGACCGCAACAUUAAAGGUGACGAACUGUUACCACGGUGUCAGCUUAAUGAUGUGACGUGGUACAUCCUCUACUCUAGUAUUGGGUCCUUUUUCGCCCCCUGUGUCAUCAUGAUCCUAGUCUACAUCAGAAUUUACCAGGUGGCCAAGACCAGGACCCGAACCAUGUCGGAAAAACGCCGCGAGCCGGAUGGCGGGGCGGGAACGCCAGGAACGCCGCGCAUGGAGAACGGGCUGAGCCGCGAUGACUCUUGUCAUACCAACGCGGACCGGGAAAACGGCCACUGCACGUCUCCCAAGUCCGGCGCACGGAAAAGCAGCGAAAACGACCCGGACGGCGAGCUAGACGACAGCAGCUCGUCUGACGAGAAGGCUAAAAGGUCACACCAGGACCAGGGGCCGAGCUCACGCAGAGACCAGCGUUCCGGCCGGAAAAACAGCUCCAGUUCCAAACACUCCAGCCGCAAAUCCCGAGCCAGCAGCAAAUCCCUGGACCUGUUCUCCUCAAGAAGGAAGAGGAGAAACACCGUGUCGAGGAAGAAGAUCUCGCAGGCGCGAGAGAAGAGGUUCACCUUCGUGUUGGCGGUGGUCAUGGGCGUGUUUGUGGUCUGCUGGUUUCCGUUCUUCUUCAGCUACAGCCUGUACGGAAUUUGUCGGGAACCUUGCGAAAUCCCAGAAACGCUCUUCAAGUUUUUCUUCUGGAUUGGCUACUGCAACAGCUCUCUCAACCCUGUCAUCUAUACUAUUUUCAACCAGGACUUCAGAAGAGCUUUUCAGAAGAUCCUCUGCAAGUCAUGGAAGAGGUCCUUCUAG